AUGAGAUCCGCCGUCUUGGGGCCCGUCUUGGCAACCGCCUUUGGCCUGGGUGUGACCAAGCCGACAGCCACCACUCCAGAGCCGCCCAGCAAGCGGGCAUCGCUGCCGACCGUCACCGUGUCUGGGAAUGCAUUCUGGCAGGGCGACACACGCUUCUACGUCCGGGGCAUCGACUACCAGCCGGGAGGGUCUUCUCGGAUGCAAGAUCCUCUGACUGACACCGUGGUUUGCAAGCGGGACAUUGCCGAGUUCAAGAAGCUAGGCGUCAACACCAUCCGCGUCUAUAUCACCGACAACUCGGCCGACCACGACGAGUGCAUGCAGGCCCUCGCCGACGCCGGCAUUUACGUUAUUAUCGACGCCAACAACCCUCUCUACUCGAUCAACCGUCUCGACCCUGCGCCGUCGUACAACACAAAGUAUCUCCAGAGCGUCUUCGCUACCAUCGACGACUUCAUAAAGUUUGACAAUACACUAGCCUUCUUCUCGGGCAACGAGGUCAUCAACGACAAUGUCACGAGCACCCUGGCCGCUCGCUAUGUCAAGGCCGUCACCCGCGACAUGCGCCAGUACAUCCGGAGCCGCGGGUACCGCACCGUUCCCGUCGGCUACUCGGCCGCUGACGUGGCCCAGAAUCGCAUGCAGCUGGCGCACUACAUGAACUGCGGUACCGACGACGAGCGGAGUGAUUUCUUUGCUUUCAACGACUACUCGUGGUGCAACUCCAAUUUCCAAGAAUCCGGCUGGGACCAAAAGGUGAAGAACUUUACCGGCUACGGUAUCGCUAUUUUUCUCUCCGAGUACGGCUGCCUUACCAACGGCCGCGACUUCGGUGAGGUCGCCGCGCUCAUGGGCGACAAGAUGACGAGCGUCUACUCGGGCGGGCUGAUGUACGAGUACGCGCUGGAGGAAAACGGCUACGGCAUCGUCAAGAUCCCAAGCCCGGAGGCGUCUACCGUGCAGGAGCAGGACGGCUUUGCAAAGUUUGCCUCGGCCCUCAAGGCGAACCCGGCCCCGACGGGCAACGGCGGCUUCACGUCGACGACGCACUCGGUCGCUUGCCCGACCAAGGACGCGAAUUGGCUUGUGGAUAGCACGCUUCUGCCGGCGAUUCCUGACGGUGCGAAGAAGCUCAUGUCGGACGGCGCGGGCAGCGGUCCGGGCCUGAAGGGCGCGGGAUCGCAGAAUGCUGCAGAUGGAACCAGCACCGGAGAUGCCACGCCCGGUUCGGGGUCGGCCACUGUCACGCCGUCUGGCAGUGAGAGUGGCGAAAAGAAUGUCGGGAGCGUCGACAGGGCGCCGUUUGUUGUCGCGGGGCUGGUGGCCGUGUUGACUCUGACUGGGACUCUGCUGCUCUAAGGGUUGACGGGUGAGGGUACCUUUGUUCCUCAUCUUGUCUUGGGCAAUUCAGCGACUGUCCUUGCCCUUGUGUGGGAUAGGUUAAUAUUACAUUGGAGGCAUGUGUACUUGAGUCCGUGGGACGGAAAAUAAGGUGCACUCAGUUGAAUCAGCAACCAUGCGGUUCAAUAAGCCCAGUGUGGUGGUGAACGACUGACGACACAAUUACUGUCUACCACUGGUGGCACAUCCACUAUUCAGGACGUUCAGGUU